UACUGCAUUUUUCAAUGAAUUAUUUCGACGUUACCUUCAAUAUGUUGCAUCGGAUCCAUAUUAUUCCAUUAAUGAUAAUUCUAUUAAACGUUGUACAACUGAUUGUAACAAUAUAACACCCAAUACAUUACGUCGUCUAACAAUGCGUUGUUUAUGCUUACAUGCUAUGUCAGUUGUAUAUCACCGAUGUCAUCAUGAGAUUGGUCCAAUUACAGAUAUUCCAUUACUUACUUAUUUAUUAGAUCGUACAACAUUUGCAUCUGAAAGAGAUUGUCUUCUUUUACUAUUGGAUAAAUUAAUGUUGAAUAAG